GGCCUCGCCCAUCGUUGGUUGUCAACUUGUACUCUCUUUCUUAAGCAGUAUGAUGAUUCUGUUUACCAUUCGCAAGAAUAUUUGAAAAUUUCAGAGGACAAUCCUUUAGAAUACCAAAGGGCUUUAGUUACAUGUGGAAACGUUUACUUUGAACGUUCUCAGUAUGCUAUUCAGAAAUUAAAAGAGGAACCUCAAGAUUGUCUUGACGACCUUUCGAAAGCUCAAAAUUAUUAUGAGCAAAGUUUGCGAAUAAUUAGUGAAGUGGGAGCUUUACAACUUGAAAAAAACGAAAUGUAUGCAGUCUCUUAUUUGAAUCUCGUGAAUGUUUUUGACUUGAAAGGGAAGGACGACGAUAUUAUCAAAGUUGGGACUGAAGGACUUCAGUAUGCUGUUAAGUCAAGAGCAAAACGUGUUAAAGUUAAUUUAGUAAGAAUGGUCGCUGUGGCGCAGUUUCGUCAACGUCGUUAUAAAGAUGCGCUCAAAUCCUUUACAGAUUUAUUGGAGUGGGCCAAAGAUCUCUGCGAUGAUUCGAUGGAACUUUUUGCUUAUGACAAUUUAGAAGCGGUUUAUUAUAAACUUGGAGAACGAGAAAAAUCUCAGCGAAUUUGCGAGCAAGCAAUGAAGCGCUGGAAGGAAUCAAACAGCAUUGCUAGUAUGUUCGAGCAGCGACUUGAAAAGAGAACUCGCCAAUCACGGUUGGAAGUUCAGAUAAAACUUAACAAGAUUGAGCUAUUAAAAGACGAUCUUACGGAUGAAAAAAAAUACAAAGUUUUAGAGGAAAUCGCUGAUUACCACGUGGAGUUAGAAAAACCGCAAAAAGCGCUAAAGUUUUAUUGGCUACUUUUGAAGCACGCAAACUUGAUGGCAGAAAAAUGUGCAAGCUCUGUUUCUAAUGAUAAAAUGUUCGAUAUUUACUAUUCAUUGGCGGAAACGCACUUGGAUGUCAAGGAGUACAGUGAGGCCGUUAAAUGCGCAAAAAUAGCUGUUGAGUGGUCGAAAAAAAUGUCCCAAAGUGCUUUUUUUAACGCGAUGGACACUCUUAUUAGAUCCCUGGAAUUUAGCGAAGAGUCUAAGGAAACUCUAGUUAAAGCACGUGAAGAGCUUGUUAUUGGCGCAGAGGCCUUUUUAGAGGGCGUAAAAGAGGAGGAGAGCAGUUUAUUAGACGAUGUGCUACGAAUGAUGAAAGAAAAUUUAAGAAAACUUGUUGUCCUCGUGGAUCAUGUGGAAAGUUACGACAAAAUAAAAGCAUUUGAUUAUUUGGAUCAACUUGAUGCUAUAAAACAAAAAUAUCCCGCUUAUUUUACUGAUGAAGAUGAAACGGAAGAGGACGAAUUGUUUACUUCGGAAGAAGACGAGUUUUAUGAAAAGUCAGAGGAUGAUAAACCUGAAGAUCAUAGGGCAACUGCUAGAAUUCUCACGGAUUCCAAAAAGUUAACUAAAAGAAAUCAGUUAGGCGAGACUUUACUACAAGUUGCGUGCAUAAAAGGGAGCUUUUCUAAAGUUAAAGAACUACUAGAGGAAGGAGCCGACGUUAAUGCUUAUGACCAUGCGGGCUGGACACCCUUACACGAAGCGGUCAAUCAUGGAUGGACAUCAAUUGUUGAACUUCUUCUUGAGCAAGUCGAUAUAAAAGUAGAUUCCGCAGAUAAUGAAGACGGACUUACGCCCUUGCACGAAGCAGCCUCUACUGGCAAUUUAACAAUCGUGAAAAUGUUGGUGGAAAAAGGUGCUUCUUUAACAGCUCUUACGAGACUCUUCCAAAGGCCAAUCGAUUUGGCAGAAAAUGAAGUAAAAGAAUAUCUCAAAGCUGCCAUGCGGGAAAGAAACUUAUCUAUUGAACCUGUCAAACUUUCACGAGAAAAAAAAGUUCCUGUCGCCUCCUUCGCUGGACCAAUCAAAGCGUUUAGUCGAGAUAAAGUUAUAGCAGCUUAUGAAAAAAUAGAAAAAAAGUAUGAAGAGCUGGACAAGGAAGGUUUAGAGAGCGACAUGGAAGAGGGAGAGGAUGAGGAUGAGGAUUGUUAUUAUAGCGAAAUGGAGGAGGAUGGGAAAGAUAAUGAAAAAAGCGAAGAAGACGAUAUAAUUGAUCUUCAGGAAAGUGAUAAUGAUGAAUGCAAUAAAGGGCGUAGAAAAAUCUCCUCUUCCUCGAAACACGUGGCUUCUCGGCGUUUGCUAGUACAUCGGGUUGUUGGGGUCGGCAAGGUCGCAGUAAAAAAAGUGAACCGAGAGUUACCUCGGAAAAGCGGGAAUUUUAUCAAACAUAAGAAGUCUUCAACUGCAAGUGGCGCUAGAAAAAGUUUGCUGACUAUUUCUUACAAAAACUGUCAGUUCGCUGCUGGUAAAGAUAAAUUGGAGGUUUCAGCAAAACAUGAAAAACUGUUUUAUUAUCAUGACUAUGUCGUUCAGCUUCAAGGUAAUUAUACUAAUACUGAAACUCUUUAUAAAGACGUGGAACAAAACUUUUUAAGUAAAUACGGCCUUCGGCUCACAAAUCUCAAAAUUUACGCAAGAAAAAACGAAGGACUGAUAGAGGAAACCAAUCAACUUUUGCACCAUAAAGAAUUUACUGUCUCUUGUGCUUCGGUAUCUUAUGAAGAACUAGCUGAACGCUACAAGAAACUUAGCAAAGAAAAAAAACUUGUGUUCAACGAUGAACUUUACCAUAUAUUAGAAUUAGUUAACGAAUAUGGCUCGCUUGAAUGUUGUUAUGUUUCUUUUAAUGAAUUGGAUUUUGCGCGGUUGAGUUUAACAGUCGUUUCCCAUUUCGAUUGCUUUAUUGCUUCUUUGGAACAUAUAAAAACUUUGAAGGUGUUCUUACUAAUAAACUGCUUUAGUUAUGCAUUAAUAUAUUUGUAG